AUGGAAUUUCAAUUCAAUAUAAAUGAAAGUCUUUUAAGAAGAAGUAUUCAAUUAGUUCAGGCCAGACUUAAUGAUUCAACUCAUAAUUAUUUAGAAUUUAACAAACUUCCUAGAUCUAAAGAGAGUAAUCUAGUACGUGAGGUAAAUAUUGGUUCUAGAGACUAUGUCAAUGACGAUCGUUUUAAAGGUUACCGAAAUGAGAUAGCACUUCGUUUGCGUUGUUUUCAUCACUAUGUUGGUAAUAGGGAUAAAUUGAAGAGAAGUCGAAGUCUUAAUGCAGUGACGCUCAAGCCACCCUAUAGUGGUUUACUACUUGUUCAUGGUAUUAUAAGCUCUUGUGCAGUAGAACUCUUUAAUGAAGAUGGUAUUGUUAAUAAUAAGGUGGUGAAAGGUCUUGUUGCUAACGUGAUGGCUAUUUUUGAUUAUUCUCAACUAUUUAUAUUACCUUUUCCGUUUCCCUUUUAUAAACAAAUCACUAACCGAGAAGAAGAAUUGAGAUCAUUAAAGAAGCGGAAGCUUCAGGCUGACGCUCAAGAUAAUUCCUCCAUAAAAGCUUCAAAAGCUGCUUCAUUCACAGUCACUAGAGUAUUCUUUGAAUCAUUUCGUCAAAUAGAAGCUGACGUGAUAACUGAAGUUGAUCAAGGUAUAGAAGCAGUACACAUUCGCUUUGUAACAGCUAUUUAUUUACCUCCUUUGGGCUUUUCGCAUAAUCAGAUUAAUAAUGAGUCCAGAAUUAGCGAGAUUGUGAACUUUGGUCUCUUAGAACCAGUGAGACAUUUAUUAUUGCAUGAUUUUGAUACGAUAGAUUUAUUAUCACAGUUCUACACUGAUAAAAUGUCGAUUACUGAUUAUUGCUUUACCGUUGAUAUUAAUAAUUCAUCCUAUAAAAUUCCUGUUGAAUUGAAGCUAGAAGGUGUUUAUAAUUCGUUUAAAAAGAGGAAUUCUGAUUUUUCUGAUAUAAUAAAUCAGCUAACUUACCAGAUGUUAACAAAUUCAUCAUCAAUCGGCUUUGUUUUCGAUAGAGAAUGCAUUAUGAUUGUGAAAUUGUUGGAUAAUGCAACACCUCAAUUAAAAGUUGAAAAUUCUACUCAAAUAAGACUAGCUAAAUUGAGAUGCAACAUUCAAUGUAUUAGAUACAUAGAUAAAAAUCCUGCAUUAUUAAUGUAUAAGCAGAUGCUUAGAUAUCUACAACAAGCCACUGAAACUGAAAAACUUCGAGUUGCAUCUAUAUUUGCAGCCAUGAAAUUAACUGAUGCUGAUAAGAAAGAUGUGAUUAGAGGGAAAUAUGCAUUUAUACGAAGUGAGUGGCGUAAUAAAUUCAAGGGAUAUAAUCCAGUUAAUGAUUAUUAUAUAAAAUUUAUCGGAAAAGAGCCAACUAAUAUUAGGAUUCCUCGUGGAUUUUUUGAUAGGUCCUUAUUCAAAUAUGUUACUAAUAUCCAACGAGAGAAUUUUGAGGAUAUAAUUUCUAUUCAAAACAAUUAUAAAGAAAAUAAAACAAAGUAUCAUUCAAAUAAGACAUUUGCUUUUUCAUUAUCCAUGUUUUUGAAUGAGUUACGUUGUUACAACAUAUUGAGAGGAGUUAUUCGUAAUGGUCUACAACUAAGAAGGCCACCAUCACUACAAGGAGAAGCAUCUACUUUGAAUUACACUCCUUAUGUGUAUGGGAAAGGUUUUAUAGACUGGCCAAGUGAUAUAAUUAUCGGAAAUUCAAAUCCAUCAAAUUUUUGUGGUUUCUUUUUGUUAAUGGAAGAAAUUCCUCAAGAUUAUCCAGAUACAGAAGAAGAAUAUCAACAAGCAGCAGAAAUAGCAUUGAGAAGCAUUCAUGCCAAAGGAUUACUACACGGAGAUGUAAAAAAGAGGAAUUUCCGAUAUGACGGUUCGAGAGGGAGAGUAAUCUUUUUUGAUUUUGGAUUAUCAAGGUAUAGCAAAGAUAGAGCUGAUGUUUUGAUUGCUCUGAGUGAUCAAGAAAAGUUGGCCGAGCUUAGUAAGUUAAGGGAGCAAGUGACAGAGGCAUUUAGUGAAAAACCUAGUUUAAGUAUUAAUUAA